UGUUAGGGUGGUGAUCUUACAGAGAUUGGUGAAAGGGGAGUGAAUAUAAGUGGUGGACAAAAGCAAAGAGUUUCUAUGGCCAGAGCAGUAUAUUCUGAUUCAGAUGUGUAUAUAUUUGAUGAUCCUCUGAGCGCAUUGGAUGCUCAUGUUGGUCGACAGGUUUUCGAUAAAUGCAUCAAAGACCAACUUAGAGAUAAAACUCGUGUCCUGGUAACUAACCAGUUACAUUUUCUUCCAAAUGUGGACAAGAUUAUCCUGGUUAAUGAAGGAAUGGUGAAAGAAGAGGGUACUUUUGAAGAACUCAGUGCCAAUGGAACCCUUUUUCAAAAGUUAAUGGAAAAUGCUGGGAAAAUGGAAGAACAAGUAGAAGAAAAACAAGGAGAAAAUGCUGAAGCACCUGAAAAGCUAUCUGAAAAUGGACAGGUGACACUGAAGCCUUUGUUGAAGAGUGAAGAGAAACCAAGUAAAGAAAAAGAAGGGAAGUCAGCACUUAUUAAACAAGAGGAACGUGAAACUGGUGUUGUUAGUUUGAAGGUUCUUACAAGGUAUAAAAAUGCUUUGGGUGGAUUGUGGGUAGUCGUGAUACUAUUCUCUUGCUAUGCUUUGACUGAAGUUCUCCGAGUUUCAAGUAGCACAUGGUUAAGUGUCUGGACAGACCAGAGCUCUCCAAAGGACCACGGACCAGGAUUCUAUAACCUGAUUUAUGCUAUGCUUUCUUUUGGUCAGGUACUUGUGACUCUGACAAACUCGUAUUGGCUCAUUGUUUCAAGUCUUUAUGCUGCAAAGAGGCUGCAUGAUGCUAUGCUUCAUUCCAUAUUAAGAGCUCCCAUGGUAUUUUUUCACACCAAUCCACUUGGACGCAUAAUUAAUAGGUUUGCAAAAGAUCUCGGUGAUAUCGAUCGCAAUGUCGCAGUCUUUGUUAAUAUGUUCCUAGGACAAGUCUCACAGCUUCUCUCAACUUUUGUUUUAAUUGGCAUCGUGAGCACUACAUCUUUGUGGGCAAUACUGCCGCUUCUGAUUUUAUUCUACGCUGCCUAUUUGUAUUAUCAGAGUACUGCACGUGAAGUAAAGCGUCUUGAUUCUAUCACCAGAUCUCCAGUUUACGCACAAUUUUCUGAAGCAUUGAAUGGUUUAUCGACCAUCCGGGCCUACAAAGCUUAUGACAGAAUGGCCAACAUCAAUGGUAGGUCAAUGGACAAUAAUGUGAGAUUCACACUUGUUAACAUGAGUGCUAAUCGGUGGCUUGCCAUUCGGUUGGAGACACUGGGAGGUGUUAUGAUAUGGUUCACAGCAACUUUUGCUGUUGUGCAAAACCAACGUGCAGAAAAUCAAAAAGCAUUUGCAUCUACAAUGGGUUUACUUCUUACUUAUGCUUUGAACAUCACCAACCUAUUGACAGCGGUUCUAAGACUUGCAAGUCUUGCUGAAAAUAGUUUAAAUGCUGUUGAGCGAGUUGGAACAUACAUAGAAUUGCCUUCUGAAGCUCCACCUGUAAUUGAAAAUAGUAGACCUCCUCCAGGUUGGCCUUCUGCCGGAACUAUUAGAUUUCAGGAAGUUGUGCUUCGUUAUAGGCCAGAGCUUCCCCCUGUUCUUCAUGGCAUAUCAUUUAAAAUAGAAGGGAGUGAAAAAGUUGGAAUUGUUGGUAGAACUGGGGCUGGAAAAUCCAGCAUGCUUAAUGCUUUGUUUCGUAUCGUGGAACUUGAGCAAGGACAAAUAUUUAUUGAUGAGUAUGAUGUUUCUAAAUUCGGUCUAUGGGAUCUGCGUAAAGUCCUUGGCAUAAUACCACAAUCGCCAGUUCUUUUUUCAGGAACUGUUCGGUUUAAUCUGGAUCCCUUCAAUGAGCACAAUGAUGCUGAUCUCUGGGAAGCGUUAGAGAGAGCUCAUCUAAAAGAUGUGAUUCGAAGGAAUUCAUUGGGGCUUGAUGCAGAGGUCUCGGAAGCUGGGGAGAAUUUCAGUGUCGGACAAAGACAACUUCUCAGUCUUUCACGAGCAUUGUUAAGGAGAUCAAAGAUUCUUGUCCUCGAUGAAGCUACAGCAGCUGUGGAUGUUAGAACUGAUGCUCUUAUCCAGAAAACAAUAAGGGAAGAAUUCAAAUCUUGCACGAUGCUCAUUAUAGCUCAUCGAUUGAAUACCAUCAUCGAUUGUGAUCGGCUUCUUCUUCUCAGUGCUGGCAAGGUGUUGGAGUUCGACACCCCUGAGAAUCUUUUAUCGAACGAUGGAAGUGCUUUCUCCAAAAUGGUUCAAAGUACUGGAUCUGCCAACGCUCAAUACCUCCGGAGUUUGGUGUUUGUAGAUGGUGAGAAUCGAUCCCGGAGGGAAGAUAUCAAGCGACAAGAAGGCCAAAGGAGAUGGUUGGCCUCUUCCCGCUGGAUAGCCGCCGCCCAAUUUGCUCUCGGUGUCAGCCUGACUUCUUCACAAACUGACCUCCAGCGUCUCGAGAUCGAAGACGACAACAGCAUCCUUAAACGAACAAAGGAUGCCGUGAUCACAUUGCAAAAUGUUCUAGAGGGGAAGCACGACAAGGAGAUCGAAGAGAAGUUGGAAGAGCAUCAAGUCUCUCGAGACCGAUGGUGGUCUUCGCUAUACAAAGUGAUCGAAGGCCUUGCGGUCAUGAGUAAACUAGCGCGAAACCGACUUCACCACUCAGAUAUUGCAUUCCAAGAUGGAUCGCUCGAUUGGGACCAAAUGUAGAUGUUUUGGCAAUCUAAAGAUUGAUACUUACAAUUCCGUCCUCUCAAUCAAUUGGACUCGAGAGUGAAAGAGAGCCAAGUUCUCGAAAUUGCGAAGUACUUAAAACAUGUGAAUUCAAGUGUGGAUCGUGAAUUUGGUUGGAUGAGUUGAUCGAGUUGACCGGUAUGCUCGAUCAAGUUUGCCUAAUUUGCUUAGAUGAAUUUGUCUUGUAGUACAUUUAUUAAGUUGUUAAAUAAGUUGAGUCAAUCGUAUUAGAUAUUAA